CUCACAAAUAUUCCCCCCCGGCGCUGAAUCCCACGCGCUCCGUUUCCUCCUUUUAAUUACCCCUUUCCCCUUCCUCCACUUUUUUCUCUCCUUUCCCCUCUAUCGCCCUCCGCCGCCGGGAAUCGCCAUGUCGUCAUCCCUCCACCAACCGGACCUCGACUCCUCGGCCGCCGCUGGCGACUCCGUGGCGUCCUCCCCUCGCUCCGAAUCCCACGCGCCUUCCUCCCAGCAGGACCAGCGCGUGCGCUUCAUGUGCAGCUUCGGCGGCAAGAUCCUCCCCCGCCCGCACGACAACCUCCUCCGCUACGUCGGCGGAGAGACCCGUAUGGUCGCCGUCCACCGAUCCACGACCUUUUCCUCGUUAGUCUCCAAGCUCGCCAAGCUCUCCGGCCUCCCCGCCGGCGUCACCGUCAAGUACCAGCUCCCCAACGAGGAUCUCGACGCGCUGAUCUCCGUCUCGACGGACGAGGAUGUCGAGAACAUGAUGGAGGAGUACGACCGCGGCGCGCUGAAUCAGAACCCUAGAUCGGCGCGAUUGCGCCUCUUUCUUUUCCCCAAGGGGGAAUUGGAAGGUUCUAGAACCAGCAGCAUCAGCUCGCUCCUCGACGGGUCGACGAAUCGGGAGCACUGGUUCCUCGACGCGCUCAAUUCGGGCCGGGCCCUGGAGCGGGGCAGGUCCGAGGCGUCGUCGAUCGUCUCCGAGGUGCCCGAUUACCUCUUCGGGCUGGAGAAUUCCGACGAGAAUCAGCCGCAGGGGAAGCUGAGGAACAAAUUCAUCUUCAACGACAGCGUUUCGGCCUCGGAUCCGGGUUCGCCCGCCCCGGUCGUCUCGUCGUCGCCGUACUGCUCCACCUCGUCGGUCGCCGCCCCGCCGACCCCGGUCAAGACCAAGCUCGUCGACCCGAGGCGGCAGGCGUCGGAGCCGAUUCCGGUGGCUCAAUUGCAGCCGCCGGCCGGGUACGCGAUGCAUUACAUUCCGGAGUCUCAGUAUUCGGGUCCUGCCGCCCCGGUCCAGCACAUACCGGUUUACUACGUGCCGGGUCAGGGGAACGUUCCGGUUCAACAGGUUCAGUAUCGGCCCCAAUACGUCCAGCAGUAUUCGGUUCAGCCGGGUCAAAUGCAGGGGGUCGGGUACCAUCAGGUGCAACCGGGUAUGGGUCAGCAGGUACAGGGCGGGAUGGGUCAGGUUUAUGGGGCAAUGCGACCGGCUAUGGACCCGUACGAAGGAGCGAGGAUGGUCUCGGAUGGGAUGAACCAGCAGAUUUAUUACGGGGUUAUGGGUGGCAACGCGGUCAUGACCGGUCAGGGUCACCCGGGCAUGGUGAUGGCGGCAACAGGGGAGGAGAUGCAAAGAGGCGUGGUCGACCCGAAAUCGGGCCGGAUCUCUGGGCCGUGACGUCAGGUGAUGAUUGAAAUUCUCUCUUAUGUAUUUUUGUUUGUCAUUUCUGUGGUUGAUUUUGAUGUUUAUUUAUGAGCUAAUAAGGCCCCAAAUUGUAAUUAGGUUUUGGUCGGUUUUGGGUUAUCUUUGUUUUGAUCUUCCUUUUGCAUUUUCCUUUUUCUCUUUGUGGUUUGUGACAAAUUUGGAAAUGUAUAAAGAUUAAAGAGGCAUAUAUAUGUUAUAUUGUUGCUAAUGGUGAUGAGACAAUUUCUUAAAGGAGAUGUGCUUUCGUUACAAAAAAAUGUAUAUAAACUGAAUUUGAAUUU